AUGAUACUUACUUUGACAAUGGUGGGAUUAGGCAUUGUAUUAACUUACUGGUAUUUGAAGCUUCAUUUUGGAGUGUUCGAGAGAUAUGGUAUACCAGGCCCAAAACCUGUUUUCCUUCUCGGGAACAUCAUAGAAAUUAUGAAAAAGGGACAACUGCAAGCAAUAAGUGACUGGAGAAAGACAUACGGAAUAGCUUUUGGAUAUUUUGAAGGAUUUACCCCUGUUCUCUCUGUAAGUGAUCCAGCUGUCGUUCGGGAGGUACUAGUGAAAGACUUCGCAAAUUUCCAAGCCAGAAAGCCUUUCCCUCUUGCCCCAAGGAAGAGUCUCGGCCUGUUCCUGGAGAAUGGCCAUCAAUGGCGGCGAAGUCGCAGUAUUCUUUCUCCCGCCUUCAGCACAAGCAAACUGAGAAAAAUGACAGGUGUUAUGGAAGAACAGAUAGACAAACUUCUCCAUAAACUGGGCAAUCAGCAGCGUGAUGGUGCAUUCUUUGACAUUUACAGUCAAUUCCAAAGCCUGACGCUAGAUGUAAUUGGUCGUUGUGCGUUUGGCCUCCAUACAAAUGCCCAGCUGGAUGUGACUGAUGCUUUCCUCAAUAACAUCCAGACUUUGUUCCGGAAUAUGACCACUACCUUCAUCCUCCCUGUUGUCAUGCUGUUUCCGUUCGUGCAGUACUUUAUCUUCGCCAUCAAGAACGUGAUCCUCGCCAUCGGCAUGAACCCUGUAUCAUGGCUUCGGCGUCAGCUCAUCGAAGUCAUCCGUAUCAGAAGGGCCAUUGGGAAUGACGAUUCUGUGACAGACCUGAUGCAGCAAAUGCUAUUUCAUUCCAACAAACAUCAACAAAUGACUGACAGAGAAAUUGUUGCACAAAGCCUCACAUUUUUGCUUGCUGGAUACGAAACUACCAGCGCCGUUCUAGCGUUCCACUGUCACGUACUUGCCCAGAAUCCAGCCGCUCAAAUGCGUCUUCGCAAAGAAAUUACACAGCUCGGAGAGGAAAAAAUCAACUACCACUCCGUCCAAAACCUACCCUACUUAGACAUGGUGUUUGACGAAGUGUGUCGCCUGUACCCCACUGCCUCUCUGAUCGUUACACGCCAAGCAGCCGCUGCACGUACGAUCGGAGACCUGCAUAUUCCCGCUGGUAUGAACGUGCAAGUGGAUGUCUGGGGACUUCACCAUGAUAACCAGUUCUGGAACCAGCCCGAGAAAUUCAUUCCAGAGAGGUUUUCUCAAGAAAACAAGUCUCAGAUUCAUCCAUACACAUUCAUGCCAUUUGGGGCUGGUCCACGGAAUUGUAUCGGGUCCCGUUUCGCCAUGCUUGAAACUAAGAUUGCUAUUGCUCGUAUCAUCAAGAACUACGAGCUGAAAUCCUCCAAUAUCUCACAGGAUGGUUUGGCACUUCUAUGUCGUGGUGCCAUCGUUCCCAAAGAUGGAGUAUAUGUAAAGCUGACUCGGGCAAGGAACUCGAAAGAUGGAUGA